GAGGCGGAAGCGCGCUCCCCGGAGUGACAGUGCGCAUCAAACGGAUCGGAACUGCGGCAGAACCGGGACAGAAGCAACAGAACCUUCGGAACCAGGCUGGAAAGCAGCGCAUUAAAGCGGAAGCGGAAAGAGCGCGCGCGGCUGCAGCUGCGGGACUCAGCAGCAACCAUGGUGGGAGAGCGCCGCAACGGGAACCUGCUGGUCCAGCUGGACCCCAAGCUGCAGGCGUACCCAGAGGAACUGAUCCGCCAGCGCCGAACCCACGACGGUCAGAUGGAGUGCCUGAUCCGCUGGUGCCUCGUCUCCAUCGACGACGGGACCGGCUCUGGGGGCGGGUCCAGCGAGGCGAGUGGCGCCGGCGGCGGGGGUUCCGGCGUGGGCGGCACCGGCGGGUCCACGUCUGGAGAAGCCAAACCUGAGAACAUCCUGAUGUGGAUGACGAUGGAGGACGUGUACGCCAACUGCCCCACGCUGCUGGGCAAGAGGAAGGCCGACCCACAGCGCCCCCCGCAGGAGCAGGCGCCGGACCGGGCGGCACAGGGCGGCGCCGAGUUCCCGGCCGACGGCACCUUUGAUGAGGUGGAGCUGUCUGACAUGAAGCAGGACGUGAAGAACCUGGUGUGCCGCGCCCGGAAGCAGAUGGCCAAGAAGAGGGACUUCUCCAUGAACAUCAUGCACACCAUCCACGUCCUGAGCGCCUACGCCAGCAUCGGCUCGCUGGUCGGCGUCUUCAAGGAGACCGGCGCCCUCAACCUGCUCAUGGAGCUGCUCUGCAACAAGGAGACGCAGACCCGCCGCAGCGCCGGCAAGAUGCUGCGGGCGCUGGCCUCGCACGAUGCAGGUGAGGCUCCGCCGCCGUUUCUGACCCGCUGGAGGACCAGAACGCGAUAA